UUUAGGGAUUUGCGGGGAGAUAGUGUUAGGCAGGCCCUCCUCAUUGGCGGGGGGUAUAUUAUUGGUCAGGGAAGGAGCCAUAGCAACAACCAAAAGAGAAGAGAAGAACACCAAAAAGCAAACGAGAUACAUACAACCCCAGGAGCGUUCUUGGUUAUUGUAUAGAUAAUAAAUAAUCCUCCCUCCCUCGCUGCUAAUCCCCUCUUUAGAAUCCCUGGGAUCGGCCCUCUGUCCCCGGCCGGUCUUCUGUCGCAAGAACUCUGAACAGAUAGCACCACCCAAGAAGAAGAGGCUCCUUGCUCUUGCUCUUGUUUGGCCUCAAAGCCGGUUCUUGCAGAGGUGGUACCUCAGAAAGAAGGCUGAGGGACUGUGUGUUGAGGAAGUACGGUGAUCUGAAGUUUGUUCUUCCAGUUCGACACACUCAAGACAGAACUUGAACCUUCCCAAGCGUCGACAGUGGUACCCUUGUGAUGAUAGACUGCAUUUGCAUCUGAAGAGGAUCGGAUGGCCACGUUCUUCUCCGCUUCAAACGAUCAGAGGGGCCUCGCCGGCGGCGGCGGAGGCGGCGCCGACAUGUCGUUCCACCACCACUACCCCAUGUCCAACCAAUACCCGGACUCCUCGACCGGCGGCCUGAUCCCGCUCCCGGCGUCCAUCGUGCAGCAGAGCCACAUCGCGCACGGUGGCGGUGGCGACGGCGGGGAUGACGAGCAGGCCGCGUUCAUGAACUCGAGGGACGGAGCUGAGAUCGGCGGCCUGCAGACGCAGAUGCUCAUGGGAGACGGCGGCGCGUCGGCCGGGCAGCGUAGUCACCAGGGCGGCCUGUCGCUCAGCCUCGGCUCGCAGGUGCCGGUGUCCCUCUACCAGUAUGGCCGUCCGGGCGGCAUGACUGCGGCCGCUUCCCCCUCCUUGAUGAGCCCGAACCAAUCGGCGAUGGCGAUGGCGGCGAGCAGGAACGCGCAGGUGAACGUGUACGUGCAGAACUCGAGGUUUCUGAAGGCGGCGCGCGAGCUGCUGGACGAGGUGGUGAGCGUCCGGGACGCGAUCAAGAGGAAGGGGGACAGGAAGGACGACUCGGCCGGCAACGGCGAGUGCGGCAAGGUCGAGGGCGACAAGGGCGAUGAGAACGAGGGGAGCUCCACCGCCGAGCUGUCGCCGGCGGAGAGGCAGGACCUCCAGAACAAGGUGACGGCGCUAAUGGCCAUGCUGGACCAGGUGGAUCGGCGGUACAGGCACUACCACCAGCAGAUGCAGAUGGUGGUGUCGUCGUUCGACGCAGUGGCCGGCUCCGGCGCGGCGAGGCCUUACACGGCGCUGGCCCUGCAGACGAUCUCCCGGCACUUCCGGUCGCUGCGGGACGCGAUCGGCGCGCAGGUGCAGUCGGCGCGGCGGAGCCUCGGCGAGCCUCAGGACGGCUCCGGCGCGGGUGGGCUGUCCCGGCUGCGGUACAUCGACCAGCACCUCCGGCAGCAACGCGCCAUGCAGCAGUUCGGCAUGAUGCAGCAGCCGCAGCACGCGUGGCGGCCCCAGCGCGGCCUCCCGGAGUCCGCCGUCUCCGUCCUCCGCGCCUGGCUCUUCGAGCACUUCCUCCACCCGUACCCGAAAGACUCGGAGAAGGUGAUGCUGGCGAGGCAGGCCGGCUUGUCCAGAGGGCAGGUGUCGAACUGGUUCAUCAACGCGCGCGUCCGCCUGUGGAAGCCGAUGGUGGAGGAGAUGUACAAGGAGGAGUUCGGCGCGGAGAUGGACUCCACCAACUCGUCGUCGGAGAACGCCGGCAACAACAAGCACGGCAAGGUCGACGAGGCGGCGUGCUCCGAGGACCAGGACCGCGACGAGUUCCAGAGCACGUCGGCGCAUGCCGGCGCAAGCCAGCUGCUCAUCGCCUACAAGUCGGAGCCGGUGGCCAGCAUGGACGCCGGUCCGCUGUCCAGCCUCGGCGGCGGCGACAUGGGCACGACGUACGCGCCAGGGGGGCUCAGCCUGAACCACCACGGGCCGGGCGGCGGCAGCCUCCUGCAGGACGCGUUCGCGCACCACGGCGACGACGCCAGGUUCGUGGGGUACGGCGGCAACAUGGGCGACCUCGGCGGCAGCGUCUCGCUGACGCUGGGCCUGCAGCACUGCAACAACAACAGCAACGCCGGCCACGUGCCGCCCGAGCAGCAGGGCCUGCUGUACGGCAACCCCGGCGACUUCGACUUCCUCAACGGCGCCGACGACCGGCAGCGGUUCGCCUCGUCGUCGUCGCAGCUGCUGCACGACUUCGUCACUUGAGCUGUCACCUGGACGCACACGCACAACAUGGCACCGAAUAACGCAGGCGGCGGCGGGCCAGAAGCCUGGGCCGGCCGGCCGGCGCCGCCGCCGGUAUGCAUGCAGAAGCAGAAACAUGCAUGGUGUAGUACGCGGUAAAUCUGAAGCAAGUAUAUAUCAAUAUCAUACAAGUAUACAAUUGGUGUGGUAAGUGAAGUAGGUUGUAUAACUGUAUAUGAAACGGGGGGUGUAGCUUGCUGUAAAGAUAGUAGAUUGGUAUUUUUGCUAGCCAGCACAGAUUGGUGUACUUCAUUGACGAAUGGAUUCAGGAUAUUGAUGAUUUGUUGAUCCAAGUA